GUCAGCUCGCUGCGUCUAUGUUGAUGCCAAAAGGUGGCAGCUGGCAACAGCAUGAAGAGGAGGAAGCCAAAGGCCUGGGGAGUGGAGUUGAGGCAGAGAGCAGGGCCUCUCACACUUCCGUGCACAUAUGAGAAGAUUCAGGUUCUGGAGGCCUGGGGUCAGGGUGAGCGUCUGCUUUCCUAACCAGCGCCCGUGUUAUGCUGAUGCCUCGAGGCUGGACACCACACUUUGAGUGGUAUUGGUCAGGAAUGUGACUCAUGGUGGCGAGGCUCGGGGAGAAGGGGCUGUCGAAGCAAAGUCAGCACAGCUGCCUGGCUUUCUAGCCAGCCCCACGGAGCAAGUGCCGCCGGGGGUCUGGGGUCUGGAGGGUGAGAUCGGAGUCAGAUUGUGGGUGAUGGAUGAGGGGCAGUAGGGGCCACUACAGGCUUUGGGAUAAGUAGUGUGUGGGUGAUUUGAUUUUGCUGUUUGAUACGCCAUCCUUCAAGGUCAAUUUUUGCCAUUAGAAUCCCCUUAAAAGCUAUUUCCUUCUGUCCCUGGCUGCACUGUGGUCACACCUGAGACAAGGCCCCCACAGCCUGGGGCACACCUGUCUUCAUAGCACUUCCCACACGGAAAGGUGGUUAUUUAAUUUUUCAUGAGUCUCUCUCUGACAAGCCUCUCGGUUCCCCAAGAGCAGGAACCUGAGACGGUUCUUAUUCACCUCUGCACCCUUGCACCCGCCAUGGAGCCUGGCCACAGCCGGGGCUCAUAAACUGCCUGCGGCGCCAUAGAGGGGUGAAGGCAGGAUGUUCAUGCAGAAGGCGUGUGUAAAGCCCUGUGACGGGCAGAUCAGGAGAACCAAGCCCUGAGUCGGGUGCCUGGGCGAGUGUCGGUGUGGAUGGGAGAAGAUGGAGUGAGGAGUCAGCAGAACCUCAAAUGAACAUGCCAGGAGCAUCUUCAGAAGACAGAACCCAGGCUCAGAAAGGGUGAUCGCCUGGGGUUUGGAUUUGGGCAGCACUGUGAGAGUUGGGCUGUGAGUUUUCUGGAGUGGUGGAGGCUUCGACGAGGGGAAUGGGCAUUUCAGCCAAGAAACCACUGCUUUGAUCCAGGAUCCCAGAGCAAAACUGCUUUUCUGCACCCCUCAGGAGAGGACAGGUGUCCGGAUUUAUGCAGAUUGGGAAUAAGGACAUUACUCCCCGUCCAUCAGCGUGCCCUAUGUACAGCGCUUCACAAGGUAGAGCCGGUUAUUCAGCGAUAGUUAUGACCUCCCGGUUACGUGCGUUGGGUGGAAGAAUUAAUAACAUACGUACCUCAGAAUUACCCAAAGAAAAAACUCGAUCAGAAGUUGUCUGCAGCAUCCGCUUUCUAGAUGGCUUGGUACAGACCUUUAAAGUUAAUAAACAAGAUACUGGUCAGGUUCUCCUGGACAUGGCGUACAACUAUUUGGGCGUGACCGAAAAGGAAUACUUUGGCUUGCAGCACGGCGAUGACUCCCUGGACUCUCCCAGAUGGCUUGAAGCAAGCAAACCCAUCAGGAAGCAGCUCAAAGGAGGUUUCCCCUGUACCCUGCAUUUUCGAGUAAGAUUUUUUAUACCUGACCCCAACACACUGCAGCAAGAACAAACCAGGCAUCUGUAUUUCUUACAACUGAAGAUGGAUAUUUGUGAAGGAAGGUUAACCUGCCCUCUUAACUCAGCGGUGGUUCUAGCAUCUUACGCAGUACAAUCUCAUUUUGGAGACCAUGAUUCGUCCAUUCAUCCUCCAGGCUAUCUUUCUGAUAGUCAGUUCAUACCGGAUCAGAACGAUGACUUUUUAACAAAGGUGGAGUCGCUGCAUGAGCAGCACAGUGGGCUAAAGCAAUCAGAAGCUGAAUCUUGCUUUAUCAACAUAGCACGGACCCUCGACUUCUAUGGAGUAGAGCUGCACAGCGGCAGGGAUCUGCACAAUUUAGAUCUAAUGAUUGGAAUUGCUUCCGCGGGCAUCGCUGUGUACCGAAAAUAUAUUUGCACAAGUUUCUAUCCUUGGGUGAACAUUCUAAAAAUUUCUUUCAAAAGGAAGAAAUUCUUUAUACAUCAGCGACAAAAACAGACUGAAUCCAGGGAACAUAUAGUGGCCUUCAACAUGUUAAAUUACCGAUCGUGCAAAAACUUGUGGAAAUCCUGUGUCGAGCACCACACAUUCUUUCAGGCAAAGAAGCUACUACCUCAGGAAAAGAAUGUUCUGUCUCAGUACUGGACAAUGGGCUCUAGGAACCCCAAAAAGUCUGUAAAUAACCAGUAUUGCAAAAAGGUGAUUGGAGGGAUGGUCUGGAAUCCAGCCAUGCGGAGAUCUUUAUCAGUGGAACAUUUAGAAACCAAGAGUCUACCUUCUCGGUCUCCUCCCAUAACUCCCAACUGGCGCAGUCCUCGGCUCCGGCACGAAAUCCGAAAGCCCCGGCACUCCUCUGCCGACAACCUUGCGAAUGAAAUGACAUACAUCACAGAAACCGAAGAUGUGUUUUACACCUACAAGGGCUCCAUGUCCCCUAAAGACAGCGAUUCCGAGGUUUCUCAAAACCGAAGCCCACACCGGGAGAGCAUAUCCGAGAACAACGCAGCACACGGCUGCCUGACCCAGAAGUCAUCCAGUUCUGCAUCUCCAUCUUCCAACGCUCCAGGCUCCUGCUCCCCGGAUGGCGUCGAUCAGCAGUUCUUAGAGGACUUCCACAGGGUGACUAAAGGCGGCUCCACUGAGGACUCCAGCCAGUACUACUGUGAUAAGAACGACGGUGACGGCUACUUAGUCUUGAUCCGCAUCACGCCUGAUGAAGAGGGGAAAUUUGGAUUUAAUCUAAAGGGAGGAGUGGAUCAAAAAAUGCCUCUUGUGGUAUCAAGGAUAAACCCAGAGUCACCUGCGGACACCUGCAUUCCUAAGCUGAACGAAGGGGAUCAAAUCGUGCUGAUCAACGGCCGGGACAUCUCCGAACACACCCAUGACCAAGUGGUGAUGUUCAUCAAAGCCAGCCGGGAGUCACACACGCGGGAGCUGGUCCUGGUGAUCCGGAGGAAAGCGGUCCACUCAUUUGCUGAUAUCAAAUCUGAAGACGAACUGAACCAGCUCUUCCCAGAGGCCAUUUUCCCCAUGUGUCCGGAGGGUGGGGACACGCUGGAGGGAUCCAUGGAACAGCUAAAGAAGGGCCUCGAAAGCGGGACGGUGCUGAUCCAGUUUGAGCAACUCUACAGAAAGAAGCCGGGUUUGGCCAUCACGUUUGCAAAGCUGCCUCAAAAUUUGGACAAAAACCGCUAUAAAGACGUACUGCCUUAUGACACUACCCGGGUCUUAUUGCAGGGAAACGAAGAUUAUAUUAAUGCCAGUUAUGUGAACAUGGAAAUUCCUGCUGCUCACCUUGUGAAUAAGUACAUUGCUGCUCAGGGACCCCUGCCACAUACCUGUGCGCAAUUUUGGCAAGUAGUCUGGGAUCAGAAGUUAUCACUCAUCGUCAUGUUGACAACUCUCACGGAGCGAGGGCGGACCAAAUGCCACCAGUACUGGCCCAACCCUCCCGACGUCAUGGAACACGGCAGCUUUCACAUCCGGUGUCGGUCGGAGGACUGCACCAUCGCUUACGUGUUCCGGGAAAUGCUGGUCACCAACACCGAGACUGGAGAAGAGCACACGGUGACGCAUCUCCAGUACGUGGCAUGGCCUGACCACGGCGUUCCUGAUGACUCCUCGGAUUUUCUGGAAUUUGUAAACUACGUGAGGUCCCUGAGAGUGGAUGGCGAGCCCGUGGUCGUUCACUGCAGUGCUGGGAUAGGUCGCACCGGUGUGUUGGUCACCAUGGAAACAGCCAUGUGCCUAAUUGAGAGGAACCUGCCCGUUUACCCACUGGAUAUUGUUCGGAAAAUGCGAGACCAGCGCGCCAUGAUGGUGCAGACAUCAAGCCAGUACAAGUUUGUGUGUGAAGCGAUUCUUCGUGUCUAUGAAGAAGGCCUAGUCCAAAUGCUGGAUCCCAGUUAGGACAACUGUGAAGACGUUCAUUCCUCUUUCCCAAGGGAAGCUCCUCUGGAAGCAGCAAGAGGCCUUUGCAGGCUGUGGGGAAGAAAUGAGCACCUUUGAACCCAGGCACUUUAAAUUUCUAUAAGCAGAAAAAAGAGAGAAAAAGGUAUCGUGUACAUAAGAACUGUGUAGAUAAUGCAUGCGGUUAAAGCGUCAUUUAGGCCCGCGACUCCUCCGGAGAGAAAGAAGCAGAAGGGGAUCUCAGUUUGGGGCCUGUCCUAAUGCCUUCCUCCCUCUGUGUCACCGCGUUCCUGUAAACCAUCCUGGGGCAAUGGAGAGGGGACUCCAGCAACGCGGUUGACCUCCCACAAGCAAGACGGUGUGGCUGUUUGGCGUUGCUUGGAUGCGUUAUGUGUAUAUGCGUAGAGGACAAGGGCUGAGUUCUCCGGGUUAUCUGGGCGGAGCUGGAACACUCAGCGGUCACCGGCCCCGAUGCCAAGGGAACCCCGUGAAUGUGCUCAGCGGCAGGGGGUGGGGCAUCAGGCCGAGAAGAGCAGUGCCUUUUCUGCCCUCCCUUCCUUUGUCCCAUCUCCCUGCCACUUCACGUAUUCGCGUUUCUGAGACUCGAGUCCAGAUGCCCUGCUUUCCCCUGCCCUGGCGACCCUCCUCGGGUUCCCAGGCGGUGCCUGAACCGGAUGCGCGGCGCAGGUCUCGCGCGAGUGUUCAGUUGAGACUCUGAGAACAAGGACUCCCGGUGGCGUCCCGCACGUCAGUUUGCGGAGCAGGUGCCUCUUGCCUCUGCUUGCCUCCUGCUGUACUCUCAGAACCCAGGAAUCAUCGACUACUGAAUAAUACAUGGAUUGCUGCUACUUCGAGCUUUUUACACUUGAAACAUUACGAUUUCCUGAGGGGAGAUGGGAUCUCAUCUAAACAUUCAGAAUCUUUGGCCCUUCUGAGGAAAGAUCUAGUCAUUGAACCAUGGGAAACCCAGCUUCUAGAGGGUGGCCUAUGGACAUGUGUUGUGUGUGUGUGUGUGUUUUGUGCGUGUGCCCAUGGGUAAGUGUUUCUCAGGAUCCCUAAGUUGAUUCAAAUUACAGUUGAGUUUAUAUAAAGAAUGAGUCUCUGUAUAGAAGAACAAAUGUGUGCAUUCACUCUUAGUUACAAUGGUCUCCAUUUCAUUUCAAAGGAGAGGAUCAGACUAUCUGAAUAUAAACACAAUUUGAUGUUAAUUUAUUCUAAGUACCCCAUGAUUUUGAUUGUCCUAAAGAAUUCCGCCUUUGUUAAUACUGUGUUAAAUUUUUUUAAAAAUUUGUGACAGGACUGUAGCAAAUUAUUAUUUAAGGAAAAUAAAUUGCAUAAAAAUCCUAAUGUGGUAUUUUUAAAUAGUGGUUUUAUGUAUCCAGGAGCAGCAGCUAACUAAAUACCCAAUUUCUUGAACAGGAUUUAUAGAAAAAGGAUGGUUUCACAUAUAAGUGCACGAAACUGAAGCCAUUUUUUGGUAUUUAGAAAACUCUGGACCAAUUGAGUAGUUUCAUGGUUGCAAGAGGGGUAAGGAAGACCUUUUCAGUAGGGGCCACGUUUCUAAAGGUUCUUUGUCUCCAGACCUAGCAUAGUUACUGCAUUCUUCCUGUCUUUUCCCCACUGAUGUUUUAUGACUAAGUGGCAGGGGCGGGAGGGAGGUGUUAUGCAGGGUCGUAACCCCCACGGUGCAAUAGGAGCCACAGAGGCCACAGCCUUGUCAGCAUCAUGCCAGGCUCGGGAAGUGUAGCAGCAGAGUUUAGAGGGGGAUUUGGUUUCUGAUCUCCCUCACCAUCUAGCCCUGGGUCUAGUCACUUAGGCUUUACGCCCCAUUUCCUCAUCUGUAAAAUAGAAAAAGUAAUAAUACUGAGGACUUUAGGUUGAAAGAUCAUGCUAUUAAAGUGAAUUUUCAACUGGAAUCUGCAACUGCUCUGGAUGGAUUACUUUGAAAAGUUAAUUUAUCAAUGACUGAUCCAGAGAGCCAGGAAACAGGAGAGAAUCACCUGGGUUUUUGUAAGAGAAAAUCACUUUUCUUCUAGAAAGAACCAAGGGGACAAAGCAAUAGCACACAAGUACUUCUCAAUCUGGACUCCGAAAAUUCAAUCAGCCAACCACCAAAAAAGAGCGAAGGCUGACAUAAAUUUAACUGUCAUCAAGAUACUGAGCGGAUCAUUGCCAUUUGAUUUAAAAAGGCAUUAUCACCUUGUGUGCAAAAAGUUCAUGAAGUCUAAAUGUGUUUGGAGACUUGUGUUUUAUUAUUUUUUUAAGAAACACAUUAUUUAAUAUGGUUCCAAAAAUGCUGCCAGUAUCAUUAUGUCAACUUCUAAAAAAGUUUACCAAAGGUUACGACCAGCCUUUUUUUCUGCCACUGUGCAGGUCAGUGGUUCAGACUCAGCAGAUGUUACCAGGAGCAAAACCCAUAAAAUCCUGGGGAAGAACAAGGCAAGAGAAUUAUCUAAAGGAACAGAAUAUGCAAGUAGAUACCUUAGAUGCUGCUGAUUAAAUUCUGGAGCUCAAGAUUCUUGCUUCACCACCUUAUACACUUAACUAAUUAUACCUAAGAAGCCUCUUUUUUUUUUUUUUUUUUUUGCCUAAAGUGAAGAACCUCAUCAAAAUCAGGAUAAAUAUUUUUCCUGGGAAAUUUGGGUGUGAAAUGGAGAAGACACUCCCAUCCUCUAUUCUGGCACUCUCAGAAGAUCUAAUUAGACGUGGUGGUGUGCAGACGUAAUCAAGAUGGAGAUCCCUCCUGCACUUGCUGUUUAGACUUUCCAGAAAAAGAGAUUCAACUCCGUUUGGUUGGUUGGAUCACAAACGUGUGCUGGCCUUUAGUUCCUAUCACGGUAAUUGAUGCUGACUCUUGCUUUGAGAUUAGCUUAGAUGCUAUUACUGCUAAGUGGCCGGUUGAUGUUAUUUCUUCCUCAGAAGUUAUCAGAGAGGCAGAGGCAGCAUCCUUGAGGAAAGGCGGUAAGAGGCAGAGCUUGGGUUUAGACUAGACUUACGCAAGGUGUGCCCCCCUCGGCCUCACUUUCAGGUCAAAGGAGGAGGUUGGGCUGGACUAGAUGAGCUCACAGGUUCUUUCAGCGCUUACAGUUCUGGGAGUGUAUAUUCCAGAGCAUCAAGAUUAAUCCUAAACCAAAGCCCCCAGCAAGCUAUUGGAGAUGUAUCGUAUUUCUGGGACUUGUCCCCAAGAACUUGUUCCUCAGACCCUGGCGCUGUUGAAUGCAAAGGCAAGGGUUGCUGCUCUCUGGUUCUUGCAUCCUAAACUAAGAACCAUCUCGAUAAAGAGGGCAAAGACUCUGACCUCAGCCUGGGGGAGUCUGAUGGCCGGGCUGCCCAGUGUCUGUAUAAUUCAUUCACCUUCUGUCUGGAGCAACCAAGGGAUUGGUGUUGUCAUGUAGUGUUAAAAGGUAUUUUAAUUGAUCAGCAAUAUUUUGUCUGUAAAUUUGGAAUGUUUUUCAUUCUGACCUGUACUUUCAGUGAGUCUACUGAAAACUGGUUUGAUCAAUAUAAAAACAUUCAAGCUAUGCAACACUA